AAAACAAUGAAAUAUAAGUACAAAACGUAUGAGUUUUGUAUUUUGAGUCGUGGGGGUCAUAUUAACCUUGUAUUUUGUAGUUACUUGUGACAUUUAGCGGAAACAGUGUCAUCAAACUUGUUACAUAUAUAGUAGACAAAGAAUGAUUGAGGUUCAUUCACACUUUUGUUAAAAUGGCUUUGCAUUUCAGCAGUGGCUGUUUGUGUUGUUUAAGCCAGAUGAGGUCUCAGAAAAUCAGAGGUGUAGCACCUGGGAGCAGUGUUACUGUGAACUCAGAAGAAGAUAAGGUGAAGCUUGGUGGGUCUGACUUGAAGGUAACUAAGCUUGGAAUUGGGGCUUGGUCUUGGGGUGACACCAGCUAUUGGAACAACUUUGAAUGGGAUGAUAGAAAGCUCAAGGCUGCAAAGACUGCUUUUGAUGCCAGCAUUGAUUGUGGAAUAACAUUCAUCGAUACUGCUGAGGUUUAUGGUUCAAAGUUCUCAUUCGGUGCGAUAAAUUCUGAAACACUACUAGGAAGAUUCAUCAAGGAAAGAAAAGAAAAAGAUCCAGAGGUGGAGAUUGCUGUUGCAACUAAAUUUGCUGCAUUACCAUGGAGGCUUGGCCGUCAAAGUGUCGUAGCGGCCCUAAAAGAUUCUCUUGCACGUAUGGAACUUUCUUCAGUUGAUCUUUAUCAACUUCACUGGCCAGGAAUAUGGGGAAAUGAAGGUUAUAUAGACGGUUUAGGAGAUGCAGUGGAGCAGGGCCUUGUUAAAGCUGUGGGAGUAUCUAACUAUAGUGAAAAGCGUCUUCGCAAUGCAUAUGAGCAGCUGAAGAGGAGAGGUAUCCCACUAGCGUCAAAUCAAGUUAAUUAUAGUCUGAUAUAUAGGUUGCCAGAGCAAAAUGGUGUAAAGGCCGCCUGUGAUGAAUUGGGGAUCACGUUGAUUGCAUAUUCACCCAUUGCUCAAGGAGCUUUGACUGGAAAAUAUACUCCAGAAAAUCCUCCAACUGGCCCUCGAGGACAGAUCUAUACUCCUGAAUUUCUUACCAAAUUGCAGCCACUCAUAAGUAGAAUAAAGGAGAUUGGAGAAAGCUACAAUAAGACUUCAACGCAGGUGGUCCUGAAUUGGUUGAUUGCACAGGAGAAUGUUGUUCCCAUCCCAGGAGCCAAAAAUGCAGAGCAAGCCAAAGAAUUUGCUGGUGUAUUGGGUUGGACACUCACCCAACAAGAAAUCCACCAACUUCGUUCUUUGGCGUCAGAAAUUAAACCUGUCAUGGGUUUCCCUGUCGAAAAGUUAUAAGCCUCACAACAUCAUUUUACAUGUACAUUAUUCUUUUUUUUAUCAAACUUUUUUUUUUACAUGUAUUUUACAGUGAUUAAGAAAGUCUUGGAAAUGUUAGUACUGCAGACUCCUCAGUGUGAAAAAAAAGUAGUACUAAUAAAUCAAAAAUAACUACAUAUUCUGUGUAAUUCCAUAAGUGAGAUUUGGAAAGGAUGGUGUGUAUGCAAUUUUAGACCUAUCUAUUUUAAGAAGGUAGAAAUGUUGUUUUUUGAUA